AAGCAAAGCAUGUUUUGAGGUUGCUUUACAAUUUUACUAUAGUAGCGAUUAGCGAAAAAUAAAUUAAAAAUUAAUUGAAUGUUUAAUUGAUUGUAUACAAAUAUACUUGUCGUUUGUAGAAACUAUGGCCAAGAAGCGCAAUAAAAACGCAGACCGGAAGAAAAAAGUUAAUUUGGUUUUUGACGAAGCUAAAAGAAAAGACUUUUUAUGUGGUUUUCGGAAAAGGAAAUUGGAACGUAAGAAGAAGGCCCAAGAAGAGAUUCAAAGACUAUUGAAAGAAGAGAAAAGACGAAUAAAACAAGAGAAUAAAGAAUCAUAUAAGAAACUUGUAGUAUCCAGUAGACCUCUUCCUGAUAUUGAACAAUUGCUUCAAGAAGAGUAUGAAGAUGAGGAUGUAAAUGUUAAAAUUUUAGAACUAUCAUCUGACACUUUACAAAAGAAAGAUAUUGUCAUUGGUGAAAAUAGACCGAGGGAACCCAAAAAACCUAAAGAAAACAAAUCACCCAAACAAAAUGGUCUUCCAAAGGAGGUCCCUGGAAUGGAAAUCAAUGAGGAAUCUAGUAAUGAACAAAGUGAGUCAGAGAAUGAAAGUGAUGAUGGUAAACUUAAAACUAAAAAAGAAGUAAAGAAAUUACUUAAGCACCAAGCCACAAAAAAGUUACAGAAGAGUAAAGUAUUUCAAAUGAAGUCCAAACUAGAUAGAAUACAGCAUAAGAAAUCACAAAAGAAGAAGGCUAAAACACAAGAAAAGAAAGAGAAAUCUAAGAAAAAAAAUCAUAGAAAGAAACAUAAAUGAUACUUAUCUUACAUAAUCAAGAUUUAUUACCAUAAAGGAAACUUAAAAAUGAUAAAAAUAUUUUUUUUAAAAACUUAAUAGUAAACCUCACUUCUUUUUCUUUGA